AUGGUCUUCGUCAAAACACUCAACAGAACCUUGUACCUCGAGGUCGCCGCCAACGAGGAUGUCUUGAGCAUCAAGCAAAAGAUCGAGGCUGCCGAGGGUAUCCCAUCCGCUGAGCAGAGACUCGUCUUCGCCGGACGUCAGCUCGAGGAUAGCGACUGCGGACUCGACGCCGAGGCCACCAUCUACGUCAACCUUGAGCUUCUCGGAGGAGCCAAGAAGAGAAAGAAGAAGGUCUACACCACUCCAAAGAAGAACAAGAGAAAGCCAAAGAAGGUCAAGCUCGCUGUCCUCAAGUACUACAAGGGGAGCAUAAUCGACGAGAACGGCAAGAUCACCCGUCUUCGCAAGGAGUGCCAACAGCCAUCGUGCGGAGGAGGAGUCUUCAUGGCCCAACACGCCAACAGACACUACUGUGGAAGAUGCCACGACACCCUCGUCGUCGACACCGCCACCGCCGCUGCCACCUCUGGCGAGAAGGGAGGAAAGAAGGGAAAGAAAUAA